GGCAGUGCGUUCGUUCGCAAGAUGGCAGACGGGCCGUCUUCGUCGUCGUCGGUGUCCGUACAACAUCAACCAUCAACGUCGUCGUCGUCGUUGUCGUCGUCGCGUCAGUCACGACGCAGCUCGAGCAUGCCACAAAGCAACAACAACAGGCAGCAGCAGCAGCAGCAGCAGCAGCAGCAACUGGCCGUAAACACGAGCAGACGGAGUAGCCUCAGCAAAAUCAUCGCUAGCGCAGCAGUCGUGUUAGUCGAGCGCGCCCCGAUAAAGCGGCUCGUCUCCUCCGUGUCGUCGGCUAGCGUUUCCUCGUUCAGCCCUGGCGUUGGUACUUCGCUGUUGUCCAAGAAGCAGGACGCUUGCGCGAGUACGAGGAAGGAUAAGGAUGCUAAAGUGUGCGCGGGUGGUGAUAAUGUGCCGACGAUUAGCAGCGCUAAUGAUAACAAUGUGUCAACGACGAUUGCCAACAACGCUGUCACCGACGUGACAGUGACAGCACUGCCGGUGGUUGUGGUGACGAGGGGAGCGGCCAAGAAGGCCCGCCAGGAAGACCUCGUUGGGCCCAGCCAACAAGCCAAGAAACGCUGCGCCGAUCGAUACGACAGCUCCGAGAGCUCCGACAGCGGGGUAGCGGUCUCGUGCGGCGACUGCAGCAGCAGCAGCAGCCUGAGCAGCCUGAGCAGCCUGAGCAGCUUGAGCAGCUUGAGCAGCGGCGGCAGUAGCGGCGGCAGCGACAUAACCGAGCCGGGCUCGCCCUGCAGCACGACGAGCAGCAGCGACGAGGGUGUGGUGGUGGUGUGCCCCUCGCCGUCGUCCUCGCCGUCGUCCUCGCCCUCGUCCUUGUCCUCGUCCACGUCCUCGUCCUCGUCGAGCAGCAGCAUCGCCGACAAGCUGGCGCCGACCACGCAAAGCCCAACAGGCCAGCAGCCGCGCGCGCUUCAGUGGCCGUGGACGCCGCCGUUGGCCCAGAGCUUGCACUCGAGCUGCGGCAACAACGGCUACAAGAGGUUCAAAGCCGAACCCGAGCCGGGCGUGACGCCCAGGCUGAGAGACGACUCCGCGCCCAGGAGCUGCUCUUCUCAGGUGAAGUUACAGAACAAGCCUCCUGUUGUCUCUUCGCCGGCCGUACAGCAAGAGUCACAGGGCAAGAUCACCGAGUACUUUAAGACUCAGAUCAAGCCGCAACAGUCCAAGGUCAUUGUUCUCUUGGCUUGGCAACACGGCAACUCGGCAACGAGUCGACUAAUGAAACCCCCUUCCCGUUCGCAGACCAAGAAGAGUCAGCAGAGCGACGUAAGUCACGCGCUGUCCAAGAGCUCGCCGGAGUUUCGCCGACCGAACGCGGUACAGCGCCACAUGAAGAACGGCCUCGGCAAGACGAGCCGAGGCGACUGGCAGGCGCGAGCGUUCCACGCAGCGCGCCUCAGCGCCCAGCAUUCGGAAAUCAAUAAGAAGCCCUCCGGAGCAGCGACGACGACGACGACGACGGCGACGACGAUGACGACGACGGCGAUGACCAACAACGCGAAAAGCCAAGGACUGCCCGUUCUGCCAAUACCGUGCGACGUGCUCUCCACACUGCCAUCCUGCAAGAUCUCCAGUCUCAGGCUCGCUUCCGAGGCUUAUCCGAGUAUAUCCCCGCCACCGAGCUUGGAUACGACCACUGCCCUGGACGACGAGCAGCCUGACGAGUUCAAGGACACUGCCAAAACGAUCCUCAUCAACGAGAACAACAAUCUGACAAACUCGACCAACGAGCCCAACAACAGCACGGAUUUGCUGUCGAGGCUGAUCUUGCCACCGACGCCCAGCGACUCGACCAAGGACGACGACGACGAAGAAGAAGAGUCAUCGAGGGACAGCGCCGAAUCGAAACCAUCAUCGCUGUCGCCAAUCCUGUCGACGCCAACUACCAUCAGGUUUCCAGCCAAGACGCCUAGCAAAGAGAGAAAUCCAACUCCCGACAGUGGAUUCUGUCGGUGGGACAAGUGCGGCGUCAACUGCGAUUCUACUGGCCCACUCUUGGAACAUUUGCAGACGGCGCACAUCAACUCGCAGACGAGCGGCGACAACUUCGUCUGCCACUGGCAAGGUUGCAAGGUGCAGGGCAAAGCUUCGUGCUCGAGGCGUUGGCUCGAACGACACGUGCUGUCGCACGGCGGCAACAAGCCAUUCCAAUGCAUCGUCGACGGCUGCGGUUCUCGAUUUAGCUCGCAGACUGCACUCGAGAGGCAUGUGAACGGCCACUUUAAUCAAUCCGAAACUACCAAUACUACCAGCUCAAGGAAGAGCACCGACAAUGGCGGCAAACUCGUCAGGAGGAAUGGAAAAAAGCUGAGAUAUAGACGGCAACCAUGGUCUGCGCGAACUUUUGACUACUUCGACCCAGGCGUAAUGGAGGGUUUGCAGCACAGACUGGUGGAACUGACAAAAGCGAGGACACAAGGUCACCUGGCUGAAACUCCCGGUGACUCGAUGGCCUUAACUAGUCAAGUAAUGGCGAGAAGAGUUGAACCGGAUGGCCAAGCUAGAGUAUUACUGCGAUGGCAUCCAGAAGACAUGCAUCCGGACGAGUGGGUAUUGGAGUCGAAGGUAAAACUCGUAAAGUACGUGAGCAUUCGUUCAUUGGCAAUGUCGCAGCCCGACGAGUUGAAUACUAUUCUGUAUCCCGCGCUCAACGCCUCCAGCGAAGCUCCCCUACAGCGAGUUAAACAGCGACGAAAACCCCUGAAGAACACGUGAUGACUGCGCUAUGACAAUACCCAAUUCGUUUUGGGUUUAUCUGUAGAUAAGGUACCGCUGUUGCUGUCUAGUCCACGACGAUCGAGCAAACGCAAGAACAAUGCGACCGAUUGAUGUGGCCAGUGCAUCACAUAAGCUCCGGCAGACUCCGAUAGAAAACUUCUUCUUAACUAUACUGCCACUUCGAAUUUUACGAUUUGCCCGAGUCGACUGUCAAUCAAGUUUCGAUACGAUUAUAACCAAUGGUACUACUACUAUUACUCUGCGACAUCAGACGCGCACAAAAAUCCAGCCUAAAAAAAUGUGAGGAAUCCUCGACGAUUAAAAUUAAAGAAAAAAGUUCGAGCCUCGAAAGUGCCUAUCAGCAGCGUUUUAGUAAAUCUCUAAAGUUAAAAGACCAGGAGUAUUAAGACUUUGGAUGACGACGACGAGAAAUGAAAGGAAGCCGAAUAAUUAAUCAUCAUCACUUUGGUGGCCUUAAAAAUCGAUCAUCAAUCCCUAAACAACACUGCAAAUAUUUUGGGCUCUCGAAGGCAAAGACUCAAAGAUUUUGUUUAUUUACAUCUUUAGACGCAAUGAAGAACGAACUUUUUUGAAUAGUGUUCAAAAUGUGUGUGCGUGAGAGAGAGAGAGAGG